AUGCUCAACAUCCGACCCGCGUUCUUUGCUCAGCGUCUGCUGCGUCACCAGUCGCGAUGGAUCUCCAGCGUCCAAGUAACUCGCCACGACACGAGUACCCCUGACGUCUCGAUUACGCCCACGGCCGCGCGAAAGCUCGUUGAGGCUGCGGAGCGUCAGAAGUCGGACCAGCUCAUGCUGCGUGUGGCAGUGGAAGGCGGCGGCUGCUCGGGCUUCAAGUACGUGCUGGAGCUGGAGAAAGACGCGACGCCCGACGCGGAGGAAGACGUGGUCUUCGAGCAGCAUGGCGGACGCGUCGUCGUGGACAAAGAGUCGCUGGAGCUGAUCCGAGGCAGCACCGUGGACUUCGAGCAGGAGCUGAUCCGCAGCGCCUUUGUAGUGGUCAAAAACCCCAACGCAGCCAGCGGCUGUGGCUGUGGCACGUCCUUCGAUCUUAAAGACUAG